AUGAACAGAGGCGAGGCGAUAACUGCAAAAUUGCGCGCAUCACGUCGACGACAUCCACGUGCUUCACGUGCCUGCGAGACCUGUCGCGUUCGCAAGACGAAAUGUGACCAAGCAAAGCCAUGCUCCUACUGUGCUUAUCACGCACUUGACUGUGUUUACAGAGCUUCUGGUCAAAAUGAAAGCUCAACACCAACAGUUAAAAGACAUGCCCAAGCGAGGGGAGUGCAAAGGGCACCUACAGAUCAUGCUCGACCAUCUCCGUGGCCAGAAGUGAGUUCACCCAACCAAUUGACCUCGCAGCACCGUGGUACUCUGGAUCUCCUUGCAGGAGAAGCAGCUCGUGCACCCCGUACAGCUAUCAACCGCAAUGCUACAUCACCCAGACGGACCACCCCGGAGGUGUAUGAUUCAGCAUCUAGAGACGGCCUAAGCGGAAUCAACUUACACACCAACGGCACGGAAUUCUAUGGCAACUCUUCGAAUCUCGCUUUUUUUGGAAAUCUAUAUGCGCGAGCUCGCAAUCAGGCAGAAGCUAGAACAUCGAACAUACCCGAGAAUAUGUCUUCUAAUCUUCCGGAAGGGGGCUGUCGUCUGGCGCCAGACCAGCCGUCGAGUAUGAAAUAUGUCUCACCUCAACAAGCACUUCACCCGACGGUGGACAAGGAACCGACAAACGCAAAGCCUGCGACGAGGGCGGCCCAGCUGUCUAUCGUUAACCUACUUUACAAUCCAGGUUAUCCUAGUACCUCCCCACCUCAGAUCAACGGGCGGCCUGAGGAUGAUGGAAAUAGACGACCCUCAGCCGUUGGGGACCAAAGAAUCCCGCCUCGAACUAUCGCUGGGAUAGACAAUGAAAAUGCAGUGGCGCUAGCUAUCGAUGAGCUCUCCGACGAGGCACAACUUGAAAUUGAGAAGAUCUUCAUCGGCAGCUACUUUUCAAACAAACAUUAUAUACACCCUAUGUUGUGUAAAAAUGCCUUCAUGCGAAGGUGCGAACAAGAAGCUUUCGUAGCUUCGAAACGAAGAGCAUUCUGCCGUCGGUCAUCGAAGUUCAAAGGCUUAUAUUUCGCCGUGGUUGCCCUGGGUGCCAUCAAUGCCAGCCCUAAUGAGACUUCUCUUCUGGAUCAUUAUUCUAGUUGUUCGGCUGACGGACAAAAAUACAGUUUUGCAGGGAAGCCGUCAGCCUUGGAUUUUGCUGAUUUCUACUUUGGCAUCACAAAACAAGCCCUUGGGGAUAUAUUCGAGAGCUGCUCCCUAGAGAGUGCCCAGACUCUCUUGCUCCUAAGCGUAUUCUGUCAGAACGCUUUACGGCCUCACAGCUGCUUCAUGUAUAGCGGAAUGGCAGUUAGAACAGCGAUUGCAAUUGGAUUGGCAUCUGGAAUGUCCUCUCUGCCUCCAAGCAUACGCAAAGAAGGCCGACGCACCUGGUGGUGCAUAUACUCACAUGAAGUCGAAAUGUGCUGUUCCUCGGGGAGGCUGGAUAGCAUGAAGCAGCUUGACCAUUACCAGGUCACUGUACCUCCAUUAAAGGCAAAUAACUGUGGCAGUCAUGACCCCGAGGCAGAGGAGGACGACGUAGCCAUGAUACCGGUCAUGGUAGCUUUAGCGCAGAUCAUGUCAGAGGCGUCUCAUCUGCUCUACCAUUCACCGAAACGCCAUACGAGCGAGAUGUCGCAGAUUGCAAUGAGCCUUGAUAAUAAAUUAGAGGAGUGGAAAUCCAACCUACCCUCCUUUCUCAACGUAGACGUUGCCUCGCUCAACGAUUCGGAGUGGGCGUUCAAGCAGAAAUUAGUCUUACGACUGAGAUUCUACAAUACGCGGAUACUCAUACAUCGUCCCUUCCUGGCAGCAUCAACAUGUAUCACCGAAUCACCCAACCUACUCCAGCACGGCCAUAUCUGCCUAACAGCAGCAAAAGCCAGCAUCCAAAUGCAAUAUGAAUCAUUCUUACAUAGAAUCUACAUACGAACCUGGUGGUACAACACAACCUACGCCCUCUACGGAGCCAUGAUCCUCCUCCACCUAAUCCUCUCCGACUUCCCAGGUAUAAGCGAGGAAGAGCUGCUCAAGGACGUCGAGAAAAGCCUCGAAAUCUUCGACUCAAUGACCAACAUCGUCGUCGCUCGCCGCUGCUCCGAGAUGAUCCGUGAAGUCCUCGACGUAGCCCGCGCCUGUGUCGCAAGGCGUCGAGCAGUAUCCGCUGUACCUAUCUUACCCCCUCAUGCCGACACCAACAUCGACUCAUCGAGCCUAGAGGCAAAUGACGACCAGAGUGUCCAUACCCGGACGGAUAUGGCCCCGUUGGCGUCACAGGGCGAAGACGGGGAUUUCCUUUUCUCGCUCUUUAACCAAGACGCUCAGCCUGAUACCCGGGCUGAGAUUCUGGCUAAUCUAGUUGACCCGACGAUAUUGGAGGAUUUUGCGUUCGGAAAUGGGGGGAAUGAUUUUUCGUACUUUCUGGGGUUGUGA